AUGCUGGAGGCGGCGGCGGGGCCCGCUCCGGGCGGCGCGGAGCAGCGCGGGAGCCGCUUCAGCGUCCUGACGUGGGAGCAGGUGCAGCGGCUGGACCAGAUCCUGGGCGAGGCCGUGCCCAUCCACGGCCGCGGCAACUUCCCCACGCUGUCCGUGCGGCCGCGCACCAUCGUGCAGGUUGUCCGUAGCCGCCUGGAGAAGAAGGGAAUCCCGGUGCACAACGUCAGGCUGAACGGCUCGGCCGCCAGCCACGUCCUGCACCAGGACAGCGGCCUGGGCUACAAGGACCUGGACCUCAUCUUCGGCGUGGAUCUGAAGAACGAGGACGUUUUCCAGCUGGUGAAGGAUGUGGUCAUGGACUGCCUGCUGGACUUCCUCCCCGAAGGAGUCAACAAGGACAAGAUCACGCCCGUGACCCUGAAGGAGGCCUACGUGCAGAAGCUGGUGAAGGUGUGCAACGAGACCGACCGCUGGAGCCUCAUCUCGCUCUCCAACAACAGCGGCAAGAACGUGGAGCUCAAGUUCGUGGACUCGCUGCGCCGCCAGUUCGAGUUCAGCGUGGACUCCUUCCAGAUCAUCCUGGACUCGCUGCUGCUCUUCGGGGAGUGCUCGGAGAACCCCAUGGCCGAGAACUUCCACCCCACGGUGACCGGGGAGAGCAUGUACGGGGACUUCGAGGAGGCCAUGGAGCACCUGCGGCACCGCGUCAUCGCCACGCGCAACCCCGAGGAGAUCCGCGGCGGGGGGCUCCUCAAGUACUGCAACCUCCUCGUCAGGGGCUUCAAGCCCAAGCCCGAGGUGGACAUGAAGGCCCUGCAGAGGUACAUGUGCUCCAGGUUCUUCAUAGACUUCUCUGACAUCGGCGAGCAGCUGCGGAAGCUGGAGUGCUACCUGCAGAGCCACUUCGUGGGCAUGGAGAGCAACAGAUAUGACUAUUUGAUGACCCUGCACAGGGUGGUCAACGAGAGCACGGUCUGCCUCAUGGGACACGAGAGGAGGCAGACCCUGAACCUCAUUGCCAUGCUGGCCGUGAGGGUCCUGGCUGAGCAGAACAUCAUCCCCACGGUCACAAACGUUACCUGCUUCUACCAGCCAGCCCCUUAUGUCAGCGAAAUAAACUUCAACUACUACGUGACCCACGUGCAGCCCUUUCUGCCUUGCAAUCAGUCCUACCCCACGUGGCUUCCCUGUAACUGAGCCAGGACAAACCCCAGGGUCUGUCCUCCAAGGUAUUUCCGUGCCUUGGGGGGUUGGGAGGGUGGGGAGGGGGGAGCAAAAUGGAACCUGCCGACCUUCCCAGAACUGCAACAAAAGGAAACUUCCUGGACUCUUGCUUGAGUGUCUCGUUCCUGGGAUUGUUGGGACGAGCCUUGUCUGCUGUACACUGUGAUGGGAAGUGCAGUGUUAUGGGAAUGACUCCUUAUGGAAUUGUGGAGGCAACGGGGUGGGUGGGGUGUGUGAGGGGAGACUGUAGAAUUACGCUAAGGUAGAGCUGCACUGCCCUGAAAUGGAUCUGAAUUGUGGUUUGUUUUUUUUUUUUAGUGCAGGAGGUGUUCUGGGUUUGCAAACUUGUGGUUUCUGCCGAGAGAAGCCAGGGUGGCUAAUUCCUUUGAAGGACCAAAGAAUCCUGUUUAAGUGCCUGUAACAAUAUAAACACAACUGUACUGUAAACUUUAUUAUUUUCUGCGGGGGCUGAUGGCCCAGAGCUCGAGUGGGGAAUGUCUGAGGAGGAAAAUGUUUCUGUCGUGGGUGGGAGGGUCGCAAGAUCAUUUCUUAUCCUGGCUGAGGCCAGAGCAGGUUCUGUGUGGCUGAGGGGUUUGGGCAUGACUUGCUGCCUGUGAAGGACCAGCUGGAGCCAAGAGCUGCCAAAGUGGGGCUGCCUAACCCGGGGGGUUGGAAAUGCCUGAAACUGGGAGCACUGGGAAGGGGGGAGUGCAUGGUGGAAAAUGCUGUGCAGGGCUUGCUGGAAAAAAGGCAGCAGGGACCUACACUUGGAUUUCUUCAAGCUCCCAAGUCUGCAGUGCCAAAAUGUAGUGAGGCAGAUGAUCUGUCCAGGAGCCUGCCCCAGGCUGCCAAACCUAAUCCUGUUUUUUCUAGGGGAAUUUGAAAUGCUGCUCUUCCAAUUUUUUUUUUUUUUUUUUUUUUUUUUUUUUUUUUUUUUUUUUUUUGACAUGCAGUGUGAUUUUAAUGCACAAAGCCACAGGCCAGCUGGGCCAUGGGGAAGGUGAGGCUUGUCCUUUGAAGCACAAAGCAUCCAGGUCACUGGUCAGUCAUUUCCAGCUGUUGCUGUGUCCUCCAGGGAGGUGGACAGACCUCUUCAUGCUGGAGAUCAUCCCUUGGGCAGGUCCCAUCUCCAAAGCAGCCCAUUCCCAGCUCUGUGAUUCCCUGAUAGCAUUUGAAAUUCAUUCUCUAGCUAGAAAUGGAGCCUGGGGGCAGAAGGAGGGGCGAGGUUAGUUGGCCUUAGGGAAGCAAUGUCUUCUGAGCAGACCCUCUGGUGUUGGGAGGGUCUGGCUCUCUCGGUGCGGUGUGGCUCUGAAGCUGUUGAGUGUCAGAGGUUUUUCGGGAGGUGCCCGGGCUGCCGAGCCCCAGAGUCUCAGGUUUCAGGGGCAGGCAGCAGGCAUUCCCCAGGGAUGCUGCUCGGGGACACCACCGCGGCUUCCUGCUGCUGACCUAUCCAGUACCUUUACUAACUCGUGUUUUUUGGGGUUUAUUUUUGUUUUUGUGACAAAACUGUAAUAGCCGGGCAGAUUGAAAUAAAGACUAGAUCCUUGGAAUGUGUUUAGCCAGAUUGGUACCUUUUUUGGGGUUUGUGGAUGGGGAGUCAGGGGGUGGGGGUGGCAUCCCUGGAGCCCAGCUCUGCUCCCUGCCCCUGGCUGGGCAGUGGCACUGACCCUGUGCUUGGCAGGUUUUGGUGCCUCCUGAGCCCAGCCCAGCCUUCAUGGCAGCCCCCAGCUCCCCAGAGCCCCGUCCCGUGCUGGGAGCUUGGCGUGUCCCAUGCAGGGUCACGCUGCUUUGGGGCUGCCUGUGGGAGCCUGACUGUGCCACUGCUGUGGCUUUGAGGAGGGUGAGAUUUUUUCCUUGUGUUUGAAAUGGAACAUAGAUGCCAUGUAGCAUGUUUUUUACAGGCUGCUCCUGCCCACAGACACACUAAACUGAGAUUCCCUCCUUCCCUUUGAGGUGUCCAAACAGAUCCCCUACAGCCAACAGCUCGACAGGGCGACCUACCAUUGAGAUUGCACUUUGGAUUUAUGGAGUGUGUGUGGUGGGACUCUUGUGAGUGGCUUGAACAUGAAUUUUUCUAGACCUUGCAGUGAUACUGUGCUGCCUCUUGUGAGGGGGCAAUUGGAAGAUUCCAGUAGCUUGAAUGGCACUUGAUUUCUUUUUUUUUUUUCGUUGUUUUGUUUGUUUUAAAUGUCUUUUUUUUUUUUUUUUCCUACACCUGUAUCACUUGUCAUGCGAUGGGCUUGACAUAGACUCACUAGAUUCUUUAGAAUCUGUUACGAAUAAAUACAGUGUAUUCAAA